UUUUUGAGGUAGAGGCCUCAAGGAUAGAUGGCGCCACAUGGAGGGACGGGGUCGCCGGGCAAAAAGUAUCACUGUACAGGCCUAUGGUCUGGGGGACGUGUCCUGAAUACGUGCUGUACACUGGUAUUCGUAUUUUACCCCAGCUAAUUCAGAUGCGAAAUACCGCUCCCCUUUCUCGUUAAGUGUCUGGUACGUCAGUCUAUACUUACAAUGGCUGCUGCUAAAGGAAAUGGCGAUGCAGUCGUUAAAACAGACAAGGACUGGAACGUUUGUUUAAUGCACAAGCUAUCCGGAAUGCUGACGGAGGCAAACUUCAGACAUCUAAAACAAAGCUUUCAUAUGUCUGACCGAGUACCUCGCAGGGACACUGACAGAAUCAGUGAUUUUAAUAUGUUUUGGGACAUGCUGGAACGACUUGACCAUAUAAGUGUUGGCAGAUAUGCUGUCUUGAUCCACCAUCUUGAGAUGCUACAACUCAACGAUUGCAUCCGGGUAAUCCAGGAACAUACUCAGAAAAUAGAGGAGUAUCGUCAACAACAGUCAUCAAUUCGUACCCCAUCCAGUGGUGCAGAAGGUCCAGUCACAUCCUAUUCGGCACCUGUAGCAAAGCCACCUGAACCAGCACGAACACAGGCUCAAAAUAUAGCGCCACCAUCUGCUGAUAUCAAUAAACUUGAUCAGGCACCUGUAGCAAGGCCACCUGAACCAGCACGAACACAGGCUCGAUAUAUAGCGCCACCAUCUGCUGAUAUCAAUAAACGUGAUGAGUUCGGAAUGACACCUCUCAUGCACGCUGCUUCUGAUAAUAAAGUCGGUCGUGUAAGAAGCUUGAUCGAUGCAGGAGCUGAUGUCAAUAUAAAACCAAAGAAAAGCGGGACGGCACUCAUGGACGCCUGCCGUGGGGGUCACAAGGAAGUCGUAGCAGACCUGAUCAAAGCGGGCGCUGACGUGAACAUCAUAGAUAUGAUUGGCUGGACGGCACUCAUGCACGCCUGCCCUGGGGGUCACAAGGAAGUCGUAGCAGACCUGAUCAAAGCGGGCGCUGACGUGAACAUCAGAAAUCAGUUUGGCGGGACGGCACUCAUGGCCGCCUGCCUUGAGGGUCACAAGGAAGUCGUAGCAGACCUGAUCAAAGCGGGCGCUGACGUGAACAUCAGAGAUGAGAUUGGCUGGACGGCACUCAUGGACGCAUGCCGUGGGGGUCACAAGGAAGUCGUAGCAGACUUGAUCAAAGCGGGCGCUGACGUGAACAUCAGAAAUCUGUGGGGAAAGACUGCCCUAAAGUGGGCUGAAGACAACGGACACAGAGAGAUAGCAGAGAUGCUGGAGAGAGCUGCUAAAAAUCAAUGAAGACAAAGAGCGGUAAUACGAUAUCAAGCAGUCGGACAUGUGGUGGUGAUACCUAUUACACUAUCAAAGAGAGAAUGAGUUUCGGUUAACUAUAAGUCAGCCUGGUAAAACUACGUACCUCCCUGCGAGAUCUCGUGACAUUUGGUUGAUGGAUCGCACCGGUAUAUAUAAAACGUUCCUGACGAAAGGUUGGAAUGAAUUUAUCCAACCUUCAGUCAGGAAUUGGCGGAGAUGCGCAAUGACUUGGGACGAGGCUUACUAUGGUAUCUUUAUUAUUUGAACUGUGUCCAGAAGCGAUUACACUUAUAUACUCCGGAGUGAUAUGUGUCCAAAACGACUGAUUCAUCUUGAUAGGGGACACGAUUCUGAAGUGUUCUACAACAAAACAAAACUGAAUGAGAUACGCUGUCUGCAGUCAGCGAAGACGCGAUGACGUCCCGCGCAGUGAAAAAAAGGAAGACGAAGAUUCCUCAAAGGGUCCACUCAAUAGUUUGUCGCUUUGCCUUGUCUGAACUGCUUAAGACUUUACUCCUAUUACGUUUCAGUGUCGGUUGAUCGAAGUACAGCUUUUUUAUUUUAUGUCUUGUUAUUCAUCAGAAAGUGAUAGAAAGUAGCAAUUUUCACCCACGAUUGUAUUAUGUGAUACCUUGGAUGACAAUUAUUGGCCAUUAUACUAAUUUGCAGUUAAUUAAUGAAAUAAGAUGUGCUAAUUUGAUGAUGAACCUUGGUCACCUAAGAUGCUUCGAGCUUUUUAUUGUUCUUUUUCUCCCCUACGCGUUCGUUCUGUCAUUGAAGGAGUUUUUCUCACUUGCCUUUUUUCAUGACAAAAACAUGAAAAAUUGCACUGCUAGCAAAACACGCAUGACGUCUAUUUGCCCUGCCGGUUUAGGCAUCGACCAUGUUGAAAGGUGUUUCGUGGGAGUCGGUUUAUCAAGAUUUACUCUGGUGAUCCUUUGAUAAGACUGUACAACGAUGAGAAUUUAGACCUGGGUGUGAGCGGGCUUUGAAGACAACAGACUGUGGAAUCGACUCGGCCUGAUUUCUUGUAGUUGCGAAGUAAGGGGCAAAUUAACGUAAUGCGCUUGAAAAGGCAUAAAAUUGCCAUUACUUGAUCAAUUCCGAUCAAAUGGCUCACUCUUGGUCAUGGUCUGGGUUUGACCUACAAGGUGAAAUCACCAGAGUUUUCUUUUUUGUGAUUUGGUGUAUUCCUCCUUCAUGGCAUACUGAACUUCUAGUGGUAUUGCCUCCGUUGCGUUGUCUGUAAGUUUAGCCAUGUCAUUACAUUGAGGGGUGAAGAUGCCUUCAUGGCGGAAUGUGGUGUAUUCCUCCUUCAUGGCAUACUGAACUUCUAGCGGUAUUGCCUCCGUUGCGUUGUCUGUAAGCUUAGCCAUGUCAUUACAUUGAGGGGUGAAGAUGCCUUCAUGGCGGAAUGUGGUGUAUUCCUCCUUCAUGGCACACUGAACUUCUAGCGGUAUUGCCUCCGUUGCGUUGUCUGUAAGCUUAGCCAUGUCAUUACAUUGAGGGGUGAAGAUGCCUUCAUGGCGGAAUGUGGUGUAUUCCUCCUUCAUGGCAUACUGAACUUCUAGCGGUAUUGCCUCCGUUGCGUUGUCUGUAAGCUUAGCCAUGUCAUUACAUUGAGGGGUGAGAUGCCUUCAUGGCGGAAUGUGGUGUAUUCCUCCUUCAUGGCAUACUGAACUUCUAGCGGUAUUGCCUCUGUUGCGUUGUCUGUAAGCUUAGCCAUGUCAUUACAUUGAGGGUGAAGAUGCCUUCAUGGCGGAAUGAGCGUUGCUUUUAGAUGAGUUCAGCUUUGAAUCAUGCUCCAGGUGACUCAAUUUCUUUAUAGUAUAUGGUUUACAAAAUGUCUAUCCACCAAAAUCGUGAAAAUGCUCGCUCGUCAUGAGACAUUCAAUCCUAGUAAAAUUGCAAAUAUUGUGCUCUACUCCAACAAUUUCCAUGCAUACAUUAAAAGUGAAUGUAGAUUUUUUUUAUCAUUGCACAGAAUACAUAGCAAGUCACAUUUUACGGACAGUGUCAUGACCUAUUGGUUUUCAACUCAUUGCGGUUUAUUGUAGGAUUAUUCAACUUGCAAUGAUGUGACCGCCAGAGAUCUUGUUUUCAAACAAAAGUGUAAAUUCACGUUUUUUUCUACCUGGUGCAAUGUGAUUUUUCAGAUAGGCCUGGCCAAAGGUACUUGGCUGACCUCUUGUCACCUAACUGUAACAGUGUGAUCACAAAUAGUAAUGUGACACAGCCCUGGGCAGCCGGUGUCAUAGCUGACCGACUUUAGUUGACACGGUGAGAGAGCGGCUUAUUAUAAACCGCGAGAUGCGGAAUGCGAAAUCGCGAGAUGCCAACCUCGGUGAGAGUACCAUGCGCCUCAUGAUGUAUUGCAAAUAUGGAGGCUGUAUUGGGGAGCUAUCCUGGUUGUGAUUGGCCCAUUGAAAUAGACUCCACUGUACAGCGGUUUAUAAUAAGCCUGAGAGAGCUGUACAUAAUGUACUCAGUUUCUUCAGUAUAGCGUUGUGCAACACCAGUUUCUUUCGGUAGGUGUGAUAUGGUCGCAUUCCUGAGUUCAACAGAGUACCUUUGGCCAGAACGAUGAGGAAACACUUUUCUAUCUUGGACUGAUCAUGUCUUUUCUUUUUUACGAAGUCUUUGUAGGUGUAGAUAAUAUGUAUUCUUUAUUCGCUUGUAUUUUACUGUAUCAUGAAUGUGUGAACGAAAAUGUACAUCAUUCUUUUUUAUGGAGAUAAAUAAUUCUAAAAUCAUCAUUAUUAUCAUUAUCAUGAUGAUGAUUGGUGGUGAUGAUGAUGACGAUGAGAGAUUCAAGUACAUAUUCAGGUUAGCCAGCCUUACAAGUCGUUGAGGCAUCCUCUUGAGGACAACCUAUUAUAUUUCUCUUUGUAACAAAAGAGUGACGCAUCCCAUUUCAUGGUAAUUAUUCGUUAUAUACCUUUAAUUCAAUACCAAUUAGGAAAGACAUCGGUCCAAGGGACUAAUCAAUUGAUGUAUAGAUAAAGUGACACUGUCCCAGUAGUCUGACUGCCCUCAAAUGACUGAUUUAGAAUUAACAGAAAUUACAGUAGAACCUCUCCAUUAAGGACAACCUCCGGACUGACAAGUGCUGUCCUUAAUAGAAAGGUGUCUUGAUUAGAGAGGUCAAAUAGACUAUAUAAACUACAAUAAUGUAUCACUUUGGGACCAAACUAUGGUACUUAAUAGAGAUGUUGUCCUUGAUAUAGAGGUGUCCGCUAAGAGAGGUUCUACUGCAUACAAAAACGACAUUGCUCUCAGUGUACAACAGUCUAACUAUGAAUGUAAGUCCUGAGCGCUGUAUAGCUGCAGCUCAGACCUGUUAUACUCCAGAUCGUAAAGCUUGACCCCCCUAAUGUAGAGGCCAAUAGCUAGGGGUAAUAAUGUGAAGCGCUUUUAACCACUGAAACCUGUUGGAUUAUGCGCUAUACAGUUGAACCCCGGUAACAUGAUGACUCAUGGGACCUUGGUUGAAUGGUCACGUUAGUGAAGUUGAAAAUCCGGAGACGAAAUGCAUGAUCAGGUAUUCUCGCCAAAAUUGUUGAACAUUUUUAUAGGUUCAAAAUUCUGAAAAAUUUUCAAAGCCAAAAUUUUUGGGGGGCUAAUGAUGUCUCUUCAUUUUGAGGAGAAAAACAACAAGUGAAAAAAAUAUUUGGACUCAGAAAUGUUUUCAUCCUUCAGAUUUGAAUUGUUUCAUCAGUUCAAAAUUCUGAAUAAUUUUCCAAGCCAAAAAUUGUUUGGGAUUGAUUAUGUUUCUUCAUUUUAUGCAGAAAAAAACAUUAAAAAAACUUAAUACUUAAAAAAAACUUAAUAACGGUGAUAAACGCUGCCUGACUUAAUGCAAAUCACAUGAUUUUUUGCUGUCGGUACCCAGCAUGUCUAACACUGACAGGGCUGAAUGAUGAAAAAAACAGGGAUAUAUUGAUUCAAAAAACGUUAGUAGAACGCAGUUUAUUAGUUUUCAACUGAUAGUAACUGUACAAAAGUUUUCAUAAUGAUUCUCAUGAUAGCCACUGUCCGUGGUGUUAUAAUAAUGAAGAGAGCUUUGCGCCGACGUGUUAAUUGCCUGGUUAAUUGGAGACGCGGUCGCGAUCGAUUACGGCAAUUAGGCCUUUUGGUCGGGUUAGAGGGGUAAAUUUGGUCAUUGGGACCGCCCUAUCUAGUGGUCGUGGUCUGGCUGGGUACGGGGGUGGUCGUGUUGCCGGGGGCCUUGUAAUGGUAAUUAGAGAGGAAACCAUUCGGGACCGGCGAUCCUUGGUCGUCAUAGCGGGGUGGUCGCCGACCGGGGUUCCACUGUAUAAUGAUAAUAAUAAUAAUAAUACUUGCUUUGCCAA